CCCUCUUUCUCCCUCUCUCUGUACACGCUGCUGGCAAAGCAAACUGACUUUCCCAGGGACAGACUAGGAGCUUUAGUCUGGAGCACAGGACUGCACAGUGCCGCAGGGAGCUAACAGCACACUGGAUUAUUAAAUACCACGUCUGCUGAGACAGACUUACAGCCCACUGAAAUCCAUGGAGUUCCUCAGUGAAUUCCUGCAGCUUGCAAUACCCCAGUACAAACCAGUGGGAAGAAGCAUUGUUUUCUCCUGCCUGAUUUUCCUCUUGCUGAUGGAUGGGAGCCUGCUGGAGCACGUAAAGAAUUCAGAAACAUAUUGCGUCUUCCAAGACAGAAAGUAUCGUGUUGGAGAAAGAUGGCAUCCUUAUCUAGAGCCCUAUGGCCUUGUAUAUUGUGUAAACUGCCUGUGCCGAGAGGGUGGAAAUGUUCUUUGCAGUAGAGUAAGAUGCCCAGGUCUACAUUGCACCAACCCAGUAUAUAUACCACAGCUGUGCUGCCCACGUUGCCCAGGAGAUGGAAUGUUAUCCUGGGAGCAUCACGAACCAGACUCCUACAGACAGCCUGCUAACAGAGAAGCGAGACACUCUUAUCACCGUGCCCAUGACCACUCACCUGGCCACAGCAGGCAAACGGGCAACUCACAACAGAAAUUCUCCAACACAAGAAGUAAUCGUGGAGUCCUCUCAGAUCCCCAACAGGCCUCGGGAACUAUCGUGCAGAUUGUCAUCAACAGCAACCACAAGCAUGGGAAAGUAUGCGUGUCAAAUGGGAAGACAUACUCCCACGGAGAAUCUUGGCAUCCCACCUUACGAGCCUUUGGAGUGGUGGAAUGUGUGCUCUGUACCUGUAAUUUCACAAAACAAGAAUGCAAGAAAAUAAGCUGCCCAGAGCAAUAUACGUGUAAAAAUCCACAGAAGAUAGAUGGGAAAUGCUGCAAAGUUUGCCCAGAGGAAGGUUUUGACCCUCAUUCUGGGGACAGAGAUUCCUUAUGCGGAGAAGAAACCAUUCCAGUGUAUGAAGCUGUAUUACUGGAGGAAGGGGAAACCAUCAGGAAAAUUGCUGUAGUGACAGAUGACCCCCCUAUAUCAGACAUCCAUGUGUGGAUCAUUCAGAAAGGCAUUCUGCGCCAGUUUUACACAGAAAAAAUGCCCACAGAAGAAUUUAAAGAGCAGCAGGAAUUCAAACAAAUAACAAGGACGACACCAAGUCAGUGGAAAAUCUUCAGUGAAGGGGAAUCACAAAUAAGCCGCAUGUGCGAAACACGAGUUUGUCGGACAGAACUGGAAGACUUGGUGAAGGUUCUGUAUAUAGACAAGAGUGAAAAGGGCCAUUGUUAAGAGCAGAACUCUGAAGGGGUUUAAAAUCCAGAAGCAGCCUAAAGACAUUGGAUUUGUAGCUGGACUGCAGACUGAUUCUGCUUAAGUUAACACUGUUGCAGAACCCAGAAUGUCAGGACUGUUACACAUGAUGUGUUGCAGAAAGUAAAUGGCAAAUCCAAGUAUAUAAGAGCAUUUAAAUGCUCCCUCGUUUGCCUUAGAGGGCUGGCAUCAAAUCUGAACAUUUUUUUCUCUUUUUAUGAAAUGUUUAUUUGAAAAGUUAAUAUUAAUGGAAUAUGCAUAAAGCAGUAGAAGACAACAUAUAAGUGUGUGAAUCAGUGUAUUUCUGCAGACCAUUUUUAUCACUGGCUAAUAUCUAGGGUGCUGCUUUAACAACAUAGGGCAGUAACUUACAGCAGCCAUUCAAUUUAUAGCUUUCAUCAAAGCUAAAUGUUGAAUGUCCUAGUGCACUAAGAAUUAGCACGUCUGCUUUUUGCUGUGGGCUAUUGCCAUAGUGCUACAUUAGAUUAUAUGGGAACCAUGAUGUUCGUCCAAACCAAAGUUUUUCAGUUAAACAAAAAACGUCCAGUUUUUUUUUUUAUUAAUGAACUGGUCCAUGACAUAAAUGCAAAGCAAGUUGUGUGUCCACAGACAAUCAGAAACAAAAAGAAUGACUUGUGAUCAUUACUUGCACAGUCCCCAAUGCUUGCUUACUCUGUAGGGUGACGUUGCCUAUUGACUACAUGUGUUCAUAAUAUAAUAUACCAACGAAUAUAAAACAAACUAUAUGAUAGCAAAUCGAUCACUGUCCUUCACAGAAAUGAUAUUGUCAAAUGUUAUUAUCUUGCCUGUGAGUGUUGGUUUUUAUUGGCAAGUAUUACAUGCCAAUGUAUUGUGUCUUGUCUCUGAAGAAUACUAUGUAAUAUACUUUAUUAUGAUAUGCUGGCAGACAAAAAACCCUGCACCAGGUGAGUAAAGGUUGCAUUCUUCAACAAUAAACUCAUAACAUUGGUCAAAAAAAAUACAUUCAUUCAAAAAUCAGCCUUGCACAGAUAGAGUACUAAAAGCUAAGCUUUGGUUGGUUCCUUGUGGUUUCCUGUAAAUGUGCACCAAUGUUAGAGUAUAAGGUCAUCUAACUUAUGACCCUCCAGCUGCUGCUGCUGAACUUCCUCUCUCGGCAUCUCAAAGCAAGAAUGCAAGGAGGUAUAGGCUGUCAGUUUCUGUGUGUCUAAUAGAUAACCAUUUAACAAGAGAAGGGGGAAAGGAACAUUAGGGUAUUAAGGUAAUAGUUUGGCUAAAAUGUACAUAAUGAGCUUUAACAAAUUUCUUCUCUGGCAUACAUAUUUAUCACAUCCAAAAAACAUCAGUGCCAUAAUGAAAGCCAAUAAUCUGUCCAUAUGGCAUUAUUUGUGGGUCAGCAUCUCAUGCCAUGUAAGCUUGCUAAAAUGUAAGAAGAAAGCAAACAUAUCCAGACCAGAACAAUAAAAUGUGAUAUUUGUGA